UUUGCUCAUGGGUCCCAGGACGGGUCCCAGGGGGUGGUGGCUGGGAGGGCGCUGGCAGAAGCUCCCGCGCACUGCGGAGAGGCUCGGCGGUGCUCGGCCGCCGUGGCACACGGCGCUGCAGGGAGCGAGCGCUUCCAGGCACACACAGAUGGGCUGGCCCUGCGGCCGGAGCAUACUCUUCACCUGAAAACCAACUGCCCUUGUGGGCUGUGUGGAAAUUUCCCCACAGCGCCGACUUCGCUCGACGAAGGCGAACUUUCCAGCCGCCCCCAGGCCCUGCUCCGCUCUCCCCCGGCUUCCUGCCCGGAGCCCUUCCAGCUGGAGCGCUGGCCCCGCCCCCGCCGCUUUGUACUCGCCUCGCCUCUCAGCUCUUUGUACUCCGCACUGUAUGGACCGAUCCCGGGAGCGGAGCCGGCUCCCUACCUGCGGGGACUUGGGACUUGGCUGUAAAAGGUCCUGGGCUGCCAUCUGGGGGCAGUGGGCACACCUAUCAGAGCAGUUGGAGCAGGACCAUCGCCCCAGAGAACUGGGGCAGGGGGCCGUGCCCGAUCUCCAGGGCUCCUGGGGCCACUGCUGACCUGGCUGGAUGCAUCGGGCAGUGGACCCUCCAGGGGCCCGCGCUGCACGGGAAGCCUUUGCUCUUGGGGGCUUGAGCUGUGCUGGGGCCUGGAGCUCCUGCCCGCCCCACCCCCCACCUCGUAGUGCAUGGCUACCUGGAGGCAGGUGCUCUGCCAGCAUUGGGCAACCUCCACUCUCUGCGCCAUUACCCCCUCCACAUGGCAGUAGUUCUGGACACCCCAACAAACCGUAUUAUGCUCCAGGGGCACCCACCUCAAGAUCCCUCCAUGGGAAGCUGGAAUCUCUGCAUGGCUAUGUGCAGGCAUUGCUCCGGGAGCCAGCCCAGCCAGGUCUGUGGGAGCAGCUUGGACAGCUGUAUGAGUCAGAGCAUGACAGUGAGGAGGCCAUACGCUGCUACCACAGUGCCCUUCGAUAUGGAGGAAGUUUAGCUGAGCUGGGACCCCGCAUUGGCCGACUACAACAGGCCCAGAUCUGGAACUUUCAUGCUGGCCCCUGCCAGCAUCGAGCCAAGGUUCUGCCCCCCUUGGAGCAAGUGUGGAACUUGCUGCACCUUGAGCACAAGCGGAACUAUGGAGCCAAGCGAGGGGGCCCCCCAGUGAAGCGAGCUGCUGAGCCCCCCGUGGUACAGCCUGUACCUCCUGCAGCACUCUCAGGCCCCUCAGGAGAAGAGGGCCUCAGCCCUGGAGGCAAGCGCAGGAGAGGCUGCAGCUCUGAGCAGACUGGCCUUCCCCCGGGGCUGCCACUGCCUCUACCCCCAUUGCCGCCGCCACCACCACCGCCACCACCGCCGCCGCCACCGCCGCCGCCACCGCCACCGCCACCGCCACCGCCACCGCCACCGCCACCACCCCUGCCUGGCCUAGCCACCAGCCCUCCAUUUCAGCUAACCAAGCCAGGGCUGUGGAGUACCCUGCAUGGAGAUGCCUGGGGUACUGAACGAAAAGGUUCAGCACCCUCAGAGCGCCAGGAUCAACGGCACCCACUGCCUCACCCAUAUCCAUACCCAGCUCCAGCCUACACUGCGCACCCCCCUGGCCACCGGCUGGUCCCGGCUGCACCCUCAGGCCCAGGCCCCCGCCCCCCAGGAGGAGAGAGCCAUGGCUGCCCGCCUGCCACCCGUCCCCCCGGAAGUGACCUUAGAGAGAGCAGAGUUCAGAGGUCGCGGAUGGACUCCAGCGUUUCACCAGCAGCAACCACCGCCUGCGUGCCUUACGCCCCUUCCCGGCCCCCCGGCCUUCCUGGCGCCACCACCAGCAGCAGUAGCAGUAGCAGCAGCAGCAACACUGUUCUCCGGGGCGUGGAGCCUAGCCCAGGCAUUCCCGGAGCUGACCAUUACCAAACUCCUGCGCUAGAGGUCUCCUCUCAUCAAGGCCGCCUGGGGCCCUCUGCACACAGCAGUCGAAAACCGUUCCUGGUGGCUCCUGCUGCCAAUCCCCACCUAUCCCUGCCUCAUGGCCCCCCCUCAUCUCCUCCACCUCCCUGUCCCCGAAUAUCACGCCCCCCCCCACCUCCUGCCUGGCUGAAGGGCCCGGCUUGCCGCACAGCCCGAGAGGAUGGAGAGAUCAUAGAGGAGCUCUUCUUCGGAGCUGAGGGACGCUCCCGCCCUCCCCCACCCACCCUCCCCCACCGUGAGGGUUUCGUGGGGCCUCCGGCCCCCCACUUUUCUGUGGGCACUCAGGAUUCUCACACCCCUCCCACUCCCCCAACUACCACCACCAGCAGCAGCAGCAGCAACAAUGGCAGCAGCCCGACUGGGCCUGUGUCCUUCCCCCCACCUCCCUAUCUGGCCAGAAGUAUGGACCCCCUUCCCAGGCCCCCCAGCCCAACAUUGAGCCCCCAAGACCCACCUCUUGCACCCCUGACUCUUGCCCUGCCUCCAGCCCCUCCCUCCUCCUGCCAUCAAAAUACCUCAGGAAGCUUCAGGCGCCCGGAGAGCCCUCGGCCCAGGGUCUCCUUCCCAAAGACCCCCGAGGUGGGGCCGGGGCCAUCCCCAGGCCUCCAGAAUAAAAACCCCCAGCCCGUGCCCCCCAGGGUUGGGGAGCUGCCUGCCCGAGGCCCUCGACUCUUUGAUUUCCCCCCUACCCCGCUGGAGGACCAGUUUGAGGAGCCAGCUGAAUUCAAGAUCCUACCUGACGGGCUGGCCAACAUCAUGAAGAUGCUGGAUGAAUCCAUUCGCAAGGAAGAGGAGCAGCAGCAGCAGGAGGCAGGCGUGGUUCCCCCACCCCCCCUGAAGGAGCCCUUUGCAUCUCUGCAGCCUCCAUUCCCCACUGACACAGCCCCAAGUACCACUGCUGCUGCUGCCGCCACCACCACCACCACCACCACCACAGCCACCCAGGAAGAGGAGAAGAAGCCACCAACAGCUCUACCACCGCCACCGCCUCUAGCCAAGUUCCCCCCACCCCCACAGCCACAGCCACCCCCGAUACCCCCACCAGCCAGCCCAGCCAGCCUGCUCAAAUCCUUGGCUUCCGUGCUGGAGGGACAAAAGUACUGUUACCGGGGAACUGGAUCAGCUGUUACCACCAGGUCUGGGCCCUUGCCCACCACUCAGUAUUCCCCUGGUCUCCCAUCAGGUGCUACUGCCCCAUCGCCCACCUCAGUGGCCCCUAGCGCCCAGGGCUCCCCACAGCCCUCUGCUUCCUCUUCAUCUCAGUUCUCUACCUCAGGUGGGCCCUGGGCCAGGGAGCACAGGGCGGGCGAAGAGCCAGCCCCAUGCCCCAUGCCCCCUGCCCCACCCCCCCCACCCCUGCCUCUGCCCCCUGCUCGCUCUGAGUCUGAGGUGCUAGAAGAAAUCAGUCGAGCUUGUGAGACCCUAGUGGAGCGGGUGGGUCGGAGUGCCACAGACCCAGCGGACCCAGUGGCGACAGCAGACCCAGUGGACAGUGGGACUGAGCGACUGCUGCCUCCUGUCCAGGCCAAGGAAGAGAGUGGCGGGGUGGUGGCAGCAGUAGGACCAGGUGGCAGCAAGAGGCGGCAGAAGGAACACCAGAAAGAGCACCAGAAGGAACACCGGCGGCACCGGCGGGCCUGCAAGGACAGCGUGGGUCGAAAACCCCGUGAGGGUAGGGCCAAGGCCAAGGCCCCCAAAGAAAAGAGCCGCAGGGUGCUGGGGAAUCUGGACCUGCAGAGUGAGGAGAUCCAAGGUCGUGAGAAGACCCGUCCUGAUGUCAGUGGGGCCUCCAAGGCCAAACCGCCCACAGCUCUGGCACCCCCACCAGCUCCUGCACCCUCUGCCCAGUCCACACCUCCAUCAGCCCCUGUUCCUGGGAAGAAGGUUCGGGAGGAGGCUCCCGGGCCACCUAGCGUCAGCCGGGCUGACAUGCUGAAGCUGCGUUCACUUAGUGAAGGACCCCCCAAGGAGCUGAAGAUCAGGCUCAUCAAGGUGGAGAGUGGUGACAAGGAGACCUUCAUUGCCUCUGAGGUAGAAGAGCGAAGGCUUCGAAUGGCCGACCUCACCAUCAGCCACUGUGCUGCUGAUGUCGUACGUGCCAGCAAGAAUGCCAAGGUGAAAGGGAAAUUUCGAGAGUCCUACCUUUCUCCUGCCCAGUCUGUGAAACCGAAGAUCAACACUGAGGAGAAGCUGCCCCGGGAAAAACUCAACCCUCCCACCCCAAGCAUCUAUCUGGAGAGCAAACGAGAUGCUUUCUCACCAGUUCUACUGCAGUUCUGUACAGACCCCCGAAAUCCCAUCACCGUGAUCCGGGGCCUGGCAGGCUCUCUCCGGCUCAACUUGGGCCUCUUCUCCACCAAAACAUUGGUAGAGGCAAGUGGUGAGCACACUGUGGAGGUACGCACACAGGUGCAGCAGCCUUCAGAUGAGAACUGGGAUCUGACAGGCACACGGCAGAUCUGGCCCUGUGAGAGUUCCCGUUCCCAUACCACCAUUGCAAAGUAUGCACAGUACCAGGCCUCAUCCUUUCAGGAGUCUUUGCAGGAGGAGAAGGAGAGUGAAGAUGAAGAGUCGGAGGAGCCAGACAGCACCACAGGAACCCCCCCUAGCAGCGCACCAGACCCGAAGAACCAUCACAUUAUCAAGUUUGGCACCAACAUCGACCUGUCUGAUGCCAAGCGGUGGAAGCCCCAGCUACAGGAGCUGCUGAAAUUGCCCGCCUUUAUGCGAGUUACAUCCACGGGCAACAUGCUGAGCCACGUGGGCCACACCAUCCUGGGCAUGAACACAGUGCAGCUGUACAUGAAGGUCCCCGGCAGCAGAACGCCAGGCCAUCAGGAGAACAACAACUUCUGCUCUGUCAAUAUCAACAUUGGCCCAGGAGACUGCGAGUGGUUCGCAGUCCACGAGCACUACUGGGAAACUAUCAGCGCCUUCUGCGACCGGCACGGCGUGGACUACCUGACAGGUUCCUGGUGGCCAAUCCUGGAUGAUCUCUAUGCUUCCAAUAUCCCUGUGUAUCGCUUCGUGCAGCGCCCGGGAGACCUCGUGUGGAUUAACGCGGGGACCGUGCACUGGGUGCAGGCCACCGGCUGGUGCAACAACAUCGCCUGGAACGUGGGGCCUCUCACUGCCUAUCAGUACCAGCUGGCCCUGGAACGAUAUGAGUGGAAUGAGGUGAAGAAUGUCAAAUCCAUCGUGCCCAUGAUCCACGUGUCCUGGAAUGUGGCUCGCACAGUCAAAAUCAGUGACCCUGACUUGUUCAAGAUGAUCAAGUUUUGCCUCUUGCAGUCCAUGAAGCACUGCCAGGUACAGCGGGAGAGCCUGGUGCGGGCUGGGAAGAAAAUCGCCUACCAGGGCCGGGUCAAGGAUGAGCCGGCCUACUACUGCAACGAGUGUGAUGUGGAAGUGUUCAAUAUUCUGUUCGUGACAAGUGAGAAUGGCAGCCGCAACACGUACCUGGUGCACUGCGAGGCCUGUGCCCGGCGUCGCAGCGCGGGCCUCCAGGGCGUGGUGGUGCUGGAGCAGUACCGCACUGAGGAGCUGGCGCAGGCCUACGACGCCUUCACGCUGGUGGGUCUGCGGAGCCUGGAGCGUGUGGGGCCGGGCGGCAUUUCACUUUCACGGAGCGGGGCUGUGGGGUGGGCUGGACCCGUCCCCUCUGAGCCCCUCCGCCCUCUCCCACAGGCUCCAGCCAGCACGUCGCGAUGAGGCCGGAUGCCCCGCCCGCCUGCCCUACAGCACAGCGCAGCGGGGCCACCAGCACACGCCUGGGCUGGACCUAGGUCCCGCCUCUGGCCGGGAAGGGAUUAGGGCUCAGCCCUUCCACCCCAUUGGCAGCUCCCCUCACUUAAUUUAUUAAGAAAAAAAAAUUUUUUUUUAACAAAUAUGAGGAAAAAAAAAAGGAAAAAAAAUGGGAGACGGGGGAGGGGGCUGGCAGCCUCUCGCCCACCAGCGCCUCCCCUCACCGACUUUGGCCUUUCUAGCAACAGACACAAGGACCAGGCUCCGGCGGCGGCGGCGGCGGCGGCGGCGGGGGUCACAUACGGGUUCCCUCACGUCUGCCAGCCGCCCGCCGGCCCGGCGCAGAUGCACGCGGCUCGUGUUGUACAUAGAAGUUACGGCAGCCGAGGUUUUUAAUGAGAUUCUUUCUAUGGGCUUUACCCCUUCCCCAGAACCUCCUUUUUUACUUCCAGUGCUAGCUGUGACCUCCUGUACAUGUCUGUUUAUUCACUUGGUUAUGAUUUGUAUUUUCUGGGGGGUUUUGUUUUUGUUUUUUAAUUUAUAACAGUCCCACUCACCUCUAUUUAUUCAUUUUUGGGAAAACCUGACCUCCCGCACUCCCCAAGUCAUCCCACCCCUCCAGGGACCGCCCCCUGCAGGGCCCUCCCUGUGCCCCAGUGUGUCCCGCCCGCCCGCCUGGCCUGUCCGUCUCCGCCCGUCCGCCUGCGGCUCCAGCCGGGUUCUCAUGGUGCUCAAACCCGCUCCCCUCCCCUACGUCCUGCACUUUCUUGGACCAGUCCCCCUCUCCCGACCCGACCCCAACCCUACCUGAGGGUGAGCGACUCCUGUACUGUAGGGGAAGAAGUGGGAACUGAAAUGGUAUUUUGUAAAAAAAUAAAUAAAUAAAUAAAAUAAAAAAAAUUUAAAAGUUUUAAAGAAAGAACUAUGAGGAAAAGGAACCCCAUCCUUCCCAGCCCUGGCCAAUUUUAAAAACAGACCUUCCCAUUGCCCCUUCAGCUCCCCCCCCCCCUUUUUAUGUUUAGGUGUGAAACAUCCCAGGGCCAGGGCCUCACUGGGGCAGAGACACCCGGGAUGAGUUUCCUCUGGGGCUUUAUUUUCGUUUUGUCUUCACCAUGCUGGGGCUGCGGAGGGGUGGGGGGUUUACAGGCCCGCUCCUUCGUACUGCACUGUCUCUCUGCCCCAGGGGCAGAGGGGUCUUCCCAAUCCUACCCCAAUUUUCGGUGAUUUUUGUGUGAAAAUAUUAAUAUUAAAAAAUAAAGCCAGAAAAAAAAAA